UUUAAUUCUGCCAGCUACCGCGUUCCCCCAAUCACCCACAGGACGAAAUGGGUAUUCUCGACGAACAACGGAGUUUGUGCGAGGAUCUCGAACGGCUCGAGCAAGCAUGCGCAGACAGAAUCUUGGAAGAGCCUAAAUCAGCACGAGAACGCCUUACUCGCGAUCACCAAAUCGCAAAGUUUGUCGAUAGGUUUCAACAGCAAUCGGCGCGGCUGCUAGAAACGCAGGCGGAUAGAAAUGGAACCCGGCAAAAAGAGGUUGAUUCACUCUCGUCCAAAGACCCUUUCGAAGAAUUCUACCGCCAACUGGGCCAAAUCAAAGACUUUCAUCGUCGCUACCCCAACGAACCCGUCGAGAACUUAGAGCGCGCAUACAAGCGACGACAAGCUACCGAUGGAGAAUAUGUCUCUGAGAUAGACACCAUGUUUACCGGUGAGGAGGCUCAUGGCAAGUUCUUUGACUUGACUAAGAAUCAUGAGGACUAUUUAAAUCUUCCCGGCGUCAAGAGGAUCACUUACUUGAGUUAUCUGUCAUUAUUCGAUAAGUUCGACAAGUUCGCGCGCAAUCAGAAAAUGAAUGACAAGUAUUUCAAGUAUGUCAGCGCAUUGGCGGAGUAUCUCGAGAGUUUCCUGUCGAGGACUCGGCCCUUGGAGAAUCCGGAAGGCAUCGUUGAACAGACUGGGAAGGAUUUUGAGAAGGCAUGGGAAGAGGAUAAUGUUGUGGGAUGGGGCAGAUUAGAGAAGAGUGACGGUGAUAUCGGACCAAGGCAGGAGGAGAUGCGGGUCCCGAAGGAGUUCUAUUGUGAUGUCUGCGCAAAGGGGUUCAAAAAUAAUAAUGUUUUUGACCACCAUUUCAAUGGAAAACAGCAUAAAAAGGCGGCGGCGAAACAGGCUGAAGGGAGUGCUGAGAACGGCGAAGCCAGAAAAGCAGGGGGGAGUAGUGGUGCAGCGUCAAGACUGAAGGACAAAGCCAUUGCUGAGCGGGAAUGGCGGAUAGUCAAGCUGACGGAGGUCAUGUCGAAAGAGCGAGAUGAGACAAUGACCAAUGUUGAGAGAAAACAGUCACUUACAGAGCGUGAAAGACAAAUGGAAUUAGAUGCCCUAUAUGAAGAAAACUCGGCUGAUCCAAACAUCGAAGCUGAGACCCACACAGACGAUGAGAACGACGACGAGAAGAUCUACAACCCCCUAAAACUCCCCCUAGCCUGGGACGGCAAGCCGAUCCCAUACUGGCUCUACAAGCUCCACGGCCUCGGCGUCGAGUUUUCCUGCGAGAUCUGCGGAAACUUUGUCUACAUGGGACGCCGCGCGUUCGAUAAACACUUCAACGAGUACAGACAUACCUACGGCCUCCGCUGCCUUGGAAUCACAAACACAACGCUGUUCCGCGAAAUCACCAAGAUUGACGAAGCACAGAGGCUUUGGGAGAAACUUGAGAAUGACAAGAAGAAGACCAAGAUGGCCAAUGAGACUGUGGAGGAAAUGGAGGACGGACAGGGGAAUGUCAUGCCGAGGAAGGUUUAUGAGGAUUUGCAGAAGCAGGGGUUGCUUUAGAACGCGGUAUAUACAAUGUGUGGAUGGUGAGGGGUGGGAUUGUAUUAGUAGUUUGCUUGGAGCUUCCUUUUCGUCGUAUAAAAUUUACGUUUGGAUCGAUGGUGGUGGGACGGUGCUGUUCGCUAUUUGAUUAUUCGAUGCUUGGGGUGAGAGGGAAGGAGGAAAGCAUGAUAGGCCU